AUGAGCUCAACUGACCUACCGCCACUUUUGAGGCUUCCACUACACACUAUAGCCCAUAUUCUUUCUAAUGUCAAGACUAUCCAAGACCUUAGGCCCAUUAUCUUGAGCCAUUCCAUCUUCCGCGAUGCAUUGAAGGAUAACUUCAAUUCAGUGGCUAGCGCCAUCAUCAUGCGCCAGGUGGCAAAGGAGGCCCUUCCAUUUCUACUCGCCCUGGUAGGAUCACAGAGGCUAUCGCUCUCCGAUCCUGCUGCUGCCAAGCAAUUGUUGGGCCUCGCGGCGUCGACUUGCCCAGUGGCCUUGCCCUCCUUGGGUCUAUCGAGGGCAGAAUACGCCUACAUGAGUAGUAGCUGCUCUUCUGCUAGAACCAUUUAUAGACAAAUGGCAUCAGAGGUAAAGCCCUUGCAUCAUUCGUAUCUAGGUCCGGCUCCCAAGGACCGACAAUACGCCAACCACUGGGAGAAGUUUCGCAUCUCCCGAGCCGUCUUUCGUUAUCAGCUCAUGUGCAACCUAUUCUGCCAUCGGCUCUGCCUUAUCCGCAUGCAAGAGUUCAGGCCACGGUUUGACGACUGGGAUCUCAAACGCUUGUUCUUUUCUUCCUUCUCACCUUGGGUCAACGAGGAGCUCAUGUGUGUAUUUGUAUAUCUGCGACGUAAAGUGGCUCAAGCGUAUGAUGAUAUUACAUUACACGAUGUUUCGCUCAAUCAUGAAAGAAUUGAAGCCAUUCCGGAUGUCAACUUCAUCAGCCAAAUUCAUUGGAUGCUAUGCAUGGGGCUUCCAUUCCUGAGCAGGAUAGCCUCAGGGGGCACUCUCAGGAGCACAGGCGUUCCUCAAUUUUCCACCGGGCGAUCUGCGACAAGAGCCUAUAACCCACACACGAUCCUCUUAUGCUCGAAACUCGUACCGGGACAGCUCACCCUCAACCCACCCCUCCGGGACCCAGCGCUUCCAAUGCACGCUUGGGAGAAGAGCCAGAUCUUGCAGCUCGACCCACAGAGAGCGCCUCAAAAUAGUCCGUUCCGUGCGUGGUUGGGUGCCCAUUUCAAGAAUUCCAUCUCCCGAACUGUCUGCUGCGACGCCGAUACAAACUUGUGGUUUCUCGGCUACGUCUUAUGGACCUCGCCGAGGGAGGCGGCUCCCCCGUUGGAGGAAGUUUAUGAGACGUGCAAGAGAGUUAGAGUUGCGGAGCCGAUCUUCCCGCGGCCCGGCAAAGAAUGGGGGAAAGACGACCACCUGCGAUCGAGACGGCAGCGAAAGGACAUCUACCGUGCUGGCGGCGAAGGGUUCUGGCCCAGGGAGGGCGGUGAUUGGAGCGAAAUAUACGGGUUGACGGAGGCCCAGAAAAAAACUCUCGAGGCCAAAUGGCUGCACGAGGGGCUCACCGAAUCUACGCGUGAGAGUUCGGGUACAAAGUAA